AUGGAAACAAUCCGCCGCCCGCACCUAACAAAUCUUGCCCACCGCGGCACAAUUCAGGGAGUAACGAUUUCGGCGCCUUCUCCAAAUUCCCGGGAUCUAUGCCAUUACUUCGGUGGCAUUCGAUAUGGCCUCGCUCCUUCCCAGCGCUGGCGCCGUGCGAAGCCCCUCCCAACCUCCUUCAGCUACGGCAGCAAGAAUGCGCCGGGUAACCACAAUGGCGGAGCGGGGUUGUGUCCUCAGCCGGGCUUCCUGAAUCUAUCGCCCGAAAAUCCAGAUGCAUGGAGUGAGGAUUGUUUCCAGUGUAAUAUCUGGACGCCUGUUGGAAAACCACCGGCAGGGGGUUGGCCUGUCUUUGUUUUCAUUCAUGGCGGAUGGCUUCAAUUUGGGACACCCAACUCAUUCAAUGCCGCUGCAUUGAUCGGUGAGACGAAUUUCAAAGCUGUGGUCGUGAUGCCAGCAUAUCGGGUAAAUUUAUUUGGAUUCCUAUACUCGUCCGAGCUGGAGCAAGAUGCUGCUUCGGCCGGGGAGACGGUUGGAAACCACGGAUUCUGGGACCAGAGACUCGCGCUAGAAUGGAUAAAGGAAAACAUCCAGCUGUUUGGGGGCAAUCCUAAUAACAUUACCAUCUCGGGAUAUUCAGCCGGUGCCAACUCCGUCUUUCACCAACUGGCGUACGAUCUCCGUCAACCCGAGGAGAAAUCAAUCGUCCGCCAGGCCUGUAUUUGGUCUAACAGCCCAGCCGUGCAACCAAAGCACCCAGCGGAGACCCAGAAUCAGUUCGACCAGCUUCUAGCUGUUUUGGACAUCCCACGAUCCCUCCCAGCAAGUGAGAAGCUUGCUCGUCUACGUUCGAUCCCCGCGAAGCGACUCCUCGACGCAGCGAAAACCAUCGAAAUUCAUCAAUUCCGACCAACAACAGAUGGGGACUUUAUCUCGCCAGCCCUCUUCACAAGCCUUGAUAGCGGCGAUUUUGCGCGCAAGAUACUUUCCCGCAAUGUCCGCAUUAUGAUCGGCGAAUGUGCCGACGAGCGCUUCCUCUACAGCACAUGGUUCCCUCCCAAGGGCAAUACGCUUUCUGCACUCCGCACUCGCCUCAUUGCCGACUACCCGGAGCACAUUGUCGACGCGGUCAUCGCACAAUACUAUCCGUCCGGGAAACUGCCAGACAACUGUAAGGACUGGGUUGAUGAUGCGUGGGGUAGAAUCUACGCCGAUAUGCAGGUGCACCAAAUGCAGCGUGGUCUUGCGCAUGCGCUGACACGGAAUUCUGGUGCUGUUGAUGCGUCGCGGCUAUUGUAUCGAUAUCGCAUUGAGUGGCGUGCGAAGUGCAUGGAUGAGGCUAUGCCGGUUGAGUGGGGGGUUACACAUUCGUCGGAUUACCCUAUUUGGUUCUUUGGAAAUGGGAAGUCGUUGGAGGACGGUGAGAAGAGCCUUAUUAAAGAUGCUUUUGUUGGCCCUCUGGGUCGCUUUGUUAUGGGUUAUGAGGAGUUUGGAUGGGGCACUUCUGGGGCUAAAAUGGUUAGAGUGUUGAAGAGCGAUGGAGAUGUUGAGAUUCGGGAGGAUGGGGCUUUAGAUGAGGGUGUUAGGGUUUGGAAGAGGUUGAGGGAUGCCGAUACUGGAAAGGUGGCGAGGCUGUGA